AUGACGCUCACCCGCGGCACAGCGGUGCUAACGAUUGUGAUGCUGCGAAUGAUGGAGUUCUGCAUGAUCUUCCAAUUCGUGGCUCAGAAGUUCGAGCCAUUGAGGAUGACCAUCCUGAAGAACCCCUGCAUGAUGACGUUCAUGCUGUCCUACCGCCUGGAGUGGCUGACGCUGCACGCCCCGAACACCCCGAAGCUCAUCUGCAUGACUGUCCUCGCGCCGCCCCGGCUGGAGCGGCUGCCGAUGUUUAUCUCAACCAUCUCGCUCAAACUCUUCAUGAUGAUGCUCUGCACGAAGCUGCUCCUGCCACCCCUCGGUAUGCUCCUGCUCCCGCCGCUGCUGGUGGCAAGCCUUUCCCGCUCCAACACGUUUUGCACGAACCUGCUCUCACCGAUCUUCGGCACGCUCCUGCCAGUGCCGCUACUGGUGGCGAACAUACGCACCAACGUCUUCUUCAACAUGCACAUGAUGCUGGUGGGGACCCCGCCGGUGCUCAAGAGGGCCCCGAAUCGGCCGCUGGUGGUGCUCCUGACGCCCUGCACGAUCCUGUGCACAUUGUUCUGCAUGCUCGUCCCGUUCCUUAAUCUGAAUUCGUCGCCAGACUGGUGGCCUGCAUGA